UGACGACACUCUACCACACUAAUGCCACUUCGUCAUUUUUUCAGUCGCCAUUGUUCUCGUUCUCGGCUGUCGAAUUUGUGGAAAUUAUCGAAUUUCCCUCAAGAUCAUUGCAAUAAAUACAAUAUAAGAUAGAAAAACAAAACUUUUUGGAAAUAUAAACAGUAUACAGUGCGCGCUAUUUGUGCUAAAAGUGAAGUAACAAGAGGCAAUUAAAUACCCCAGCCAGCGAAAUCGACUAUUUGUUCGUGGCAAAAAAAAAACACAAAUUUGAACAAAAGCAAAAGCCUAAAGAAAAAUGUCAUCUAUGAAUCCAGAAUACGAUUAUCUUUUCAAACUGCUGUUGAUCGGCGACUCUGGCGUUGGAAAGUCAUGUUUGCUGCUCCGAUUUGCCGAUGACACAUAUACAGAGAGCUAUAUCAGCACAAUUGGCGUGGACUUUAAAAUUAGAACCAUAGAAUUGGAUGGCAAAACGAUUAAAUUGCAAAUUUGGGAUACUGCAGGCCAGGAGCGUUUCCGUACCAUCACCUCAUCAUACUAUCGUGGCGCGCAUGGCAUCAUUGUCGUUUACGAUUGCACGGACCAGGAGUCCUUCAACAAUGUUAAGCAAUGGCUCGAGGAAAUCGAGCGAUAUGCAUGCGAAAAUGUCAACAAGUUGCUGGUGGGCAACAAGAGCGAUUUGACCACCAAGAAGGUUGUCGAUCAUACAAUAGCUGCGGAGUACGCAAAUCAGUUAGGCAUUCCAUUCCUUGAAACUUCGGCGAAGAGUGCCACCAAUGUGGAACAGGCAUUCAUGACGAUGGCGGCGGAGAUCAAGAAUCGUGUUGGGCCGCCGUCGAGCGCCACCGAUAACGCUAGCAAAGUGAAAAUCGAUCAGGGACGCCCAGUGGAAAACAAUAGAUCUGGUUGCUGCUAAAUAACUCUGAUUGUGAAUCAUUAUUUUAUUAUACAAUUAAACAAAAUUUAAAUAUAAUAAAUUAAAACGAAACAACAAGAAGAAAGGCAACAAACAAACCCACACACAUACACACACAACAAUAAUAAAUCCAGAAAUGCAUAAUUAUAAAAAAAAAACAAACAAACAGAAAUACAAUUAUAUAAUAACAAUAAUGAUGCGUAUUGAAGAGUAUGAGAGAAGAAACAACCCAUUUGUAUGUUGCGACAGAUCGCAAAACCAGUUCAAGUUUAUCCAUGAACACAUACACACACCCACACACACACAAUUUAAUCAUAAUACAUACAUUCACACACACAGAAAAGCAGAACACACAGGAUACUGAUAUGUAAUACUUACUACCCUACCCUCUGGCUAUCCUUCAGUUUUCAAUAGUUCUGUUCAUAUAAGUAGUGCAAAGCAAAAACAAUGGUGUAGUAAUUAACUUAAUCUAAACCUAAUCUAACAUUAAGAGUUACUUACCACGGCGGCGCGAAACGAUACCGAUACCGAUAGCGAUACAGAAACCGAUACCGAUUACUAUUAAUACUUAUACGCAUAAACAUAAAACAAAAAUCAAAAACACAAAUAAAAACCAAACAAAAACUGUGUUUCUUAUAGCCUGGCAUUGAACCAAAUCCGAACCGUUCCGAAUUCUGCAAGCUACUGUCUGUCGCUAUAUAUAUAUAUAUACUAUAUUCUAGUAGCAUAUUUCAAAUCAUAUUAAUUUUCUUCAAAGACAAUGCUCGUCACUUGUAAUUAUUAUGUAAAUCCAAAAAAAAAAACAUAUUUUAGAUUUAACAACAAAAAGAACAAAUUUUGUGUGUUUUUGCAUUCUGCGUCAAUAAUUGAUGAGAAUUUGUUUUAGGCACAUAAAUAGUGUAAUUUUGAUGGAAAUUGAUAAGACGUUUAAUAAAAAUUUAAUGAACAUA